AUAGACGUUAUUGCAGACUUGCAUGUGUGUUUGGUACACAGGAAAACCCUGUGGACCACGUCCUCGCGUACCGCCCACCCAAGAAAAUCAUACACCUCCCGCCCCGGCUCCCCAAACCCCAAUGUCUCUUUCUCUUUAGAAUCACCUUGGAUUCUCAAUCGCCACUAAGCUCUCGACCGCCGUAAUCUCCCGAGCUUCAUCGUCUUUGCUUGUUCACAAGAUUGUGGACUUCUCAAGUUUUCAGAUUUUUCCUGCUGUCUCCAUUGAUAUUUGUUUUACUGGCAUUGAAUAACAUUAUGAUAUUGUACUGCUAGCGGCAUCUCCGAAUCAGCUUAUUUUAACGCUGUUAUGGCUAUUGCUGGUUCUUUGCAAUUUCCUCAUGACUUGGGAAUUCACAAGAACCACGGACAUUGUAUACAGUUUAAGAAUGAAGGAAGAGACAAGUUACGUUUACUGGGUGCCAGCCUUUCGUCACAUGCUUCGAGACGGGACUGUUGGUGUAUCCGCCUUUCAGACUCUGUGUACAGGCCAAUGUACUCUGCAACUUAUAGACGCAAUAUUUUCAAGUGCCAUUCUUCUCUUUUACCUGGAAGAGCAUUUAAAAUUUAUAGUAUGAAGGCUACUGCAAUGGCAUUGACAAGGUCAUAUAAUGCUUUGCAAGGUAGUCCUCUCGUGCUCAAGUUAGUCCCUGCAGUUGGUGUAAUUAUUUUUGCUGUGUGGGGUCUUGGGCCACUCUUGCGUCAGGGCAGAAACUUGUUUUUCCAUAAGAGUGAUGGUAGUUGGAAAAAAAGUGGUACAUACUAUGUUAUGACCUCAUAUCUUCAACCUAUGCUGCUAUGGACUGGAGCCAUACUUAUCUGCAGAGCAUUGGAUCCAGUUGUUCUUCCUUCAGAAGCUAGCGAGGUUGUUAAGCAACGGCUAUUGAAUUUUGUUAGAUCACUGUCAACUGUGCUUGCGUUUGCCUAUUGUUUGUCAAGUGUGAUUCAACAAACCCAGAAAUUAGUCAUGGAGGCAAAUGACACUGGUGAUGCAAGAAAUAUGGGUUUCCAAUUUGCUGGAAAAGCUAUAUACUCUGCCGUAUGGGUUGCUGCUGUAGCAUUGUUCAUGGAGUUGCUAGGUUUCUCUACCCAGAAAUGGCUAACUGCUGGAGGUCUUGGGACUGUAUUAUUGACACUUGCUGGUCGUGAGAUAUUCACAAAUUUCCUAUCAAGCGCGAUGAUUCAUGCAACCCGGCCUUUUAUUGUGAAUGAAUGGAUACAAACAAAGAUUGAAGGUUAUGAAGUUUCUGGGACUGUUGAGCAUGUGGGGUGGUGGUCACCAACAAUUGUAAGAGGUGAAGAUCGUGAAGCGGUUCACAUUCCAAACCACAAGUUUACUAUGAAUGUUGUGAGAAAUCUCAGUCAAAAAACUCAUUGGCGCAUUAAAACCCACCUAGCCAUUAGUCACUUGGAUGUCAAUAAGAUUAAUAGCAUUGUUGCUGAUAUGCGAAAAGUCUUGGCCAAGAAUCCUCAAGUAGAACAGCAGAGGUUGCAUAGAAGAGUAUUUCUGGACAAUAUUAGUCCCGAAAAUCAGGCCCUUUUGAUUUUGGUAUCCUGCUUCGUGAAGACCUCACAUUUUGAAGAAUACCUGUGUGUCAAGGAAGCUAUACUGCUGGAUCUUCUUCGAGUCAUCAGCCAUCACCGAGCUCGACUUGCCACUCCAAUUCGUACAGUUCAGAAAAUAUAUAGUGACACUGAGUUGGAAAAUGUGCCAUUUGCUGAAACAAUCUUUACUCAUGGCAAAGCAGCAUCUAACCGACCAUUGCUGCUUAUUGAGCCUUCUUACAAAAUUAAUGGAGAAGAUAAACCAAAAUCUCGUCCAACACGCACAAAUGGUGAGCAAGAUAGCAGGGUCACAUCAUGGCCAACACCUGAAACCAAGGGAGAUGCAAAGGCUGGAGCGACACUGAUGCCUGACUCAAAGACUAGAGAAUUGCCAACAGCCAACACCAAGGGAGACACCAAAAUUGGUGAAAUGCCAAAUUCUGAGGAGGAUCGUAAGGCAACAACUUCUGUAUCUGAUCUCAAGGAAGCAGAGAGGGGUAAAAUGACGUCGAAGUCAAUCUCCAAAGAUUCAAAGGUUAGCAAAACACCAAAUUCUGACACCAAAGUGCGAACAUCAGUUUCUGAUAAUAUGUCCCAGAACAUCUCCGACAAUAUGUCCAAGAAGCAACCUAAGAAAACAAGCUUGGAAAAUGCUCGGCAGAAUGUCAAAAUUGACAGUGCUCCAGUUUCCACAUCGGAAACUGGUGCAGAAAAACCAGGCUGUUCCCCACACCCUGCUCAAGCCAAAAAAGAAGCUGAGAGGUUGCCAGUCGUACAGCCAUCAACAUCAAGGCCUGCAUUGGAAGAGAACAUAGUUCUCGGCGUUGCUUUGGAGGGUUCAAAAAGGACUCUUCCAAUAGAGGAAGCAAUGACUCCCCCAGCAAGCCUUGUGGAGGCGAAGGAACUAGCUGCAUCCAGGAAUGGAAAUGGAUCUUCAGCUGCUGAUAAUGAUAAAAAAGAUGGUCGGACAUCAAGUGAUUAUAACAAGACUGAUUAAUUUUAGUUCUUUUUAACUCCUGCGCAGUCUUCAACAUUCCCCUUGGAGAUCUGUUUUUAUUAAGUUGCAUAAUGGGUGUAUAUAAUAUAAGAAGUCCUUGUAAUUGUUGUCGUUGUCAAUUGUAGGGUUUAUUAGUUUCCUCCAAUUGGCAGCGGAUUGGAUACAAGUGUAAGAUUUGUCAUAUUGGAUUAAACUGUUGUCAAAUUGAUUUAUUGGAGAGCUAACCAAAUUUGGCAUUUUUCUGUUGGGA